GUGGGGUGGGAGAGAGAAACCAAGAAAGCCUAUGUAACAAAAGAAUUGCCCUCUGUUUCCCAAGCAUCACAUUGUGUAGUAGUUGUUGGGUGCGGCCGAGACUGAGAAAAAGAUAAAAAGCACAGCAGAUUUUUUUUAGCAUUUCACAACACGAGAGGAAUAGUAUUAUUGUAUGUUGCUCCAUAGAAGUAGCAGAAGGGAAGCAAAAGGGCCUUACUUGGAGCAAGAAAGGCAGAUAGAGAUAGAGAGAGAGGGGAAAAGGCAGAAAGAGAUGGUGGGCUCUUCUGGAGCAGCUGCAACAGAGAGAAGCAAAGAAGCGGUUGGGAUGAUGGCCCUUCAUGAGGCCCUCAGAAGCGUUUGUCUCACCUCUUCAGACUGGACUUACUCAGUCUUCUGGACCAUUCGCCCUCGCCCGCGGGUCCGCGGCGGCAAUGGCUGCAAAGUUGGAGAUGAGAGUGGUAGCUUGAUGCUGAUGUGGGAAGAUGGGUUCUGCAGAGGGAGAGUUGCAGAGUGUAUGGGGGACAUGGAAGGGGAGGACCUGGUCAGGAAGGCCUUCAGCAAGAUGUCCAUUCAGUUAUAUAAUUAUGGAGAAGGGUGGGUACUGGGUUAAUGGGGAAAGUUGCAUCUGAUAAGUGCCAUAAAUGGGUUUUCAAGGAGCCUACAGAAUGUGAACCAAACAUCUCCAACUACUGGCAGAGCUCUUUUGAUGCUCUUCCGCAAGAGUGGUCAGAUCAGUUUGAGUCAGGCAUUCAGACUAUUGCAGUAAUUCAAGCUGGUCAUGGCUUACUGCAAUUGGGCUCUUGCAAGAUUAUACCAGAAGAUUUGCAUUUUGUGCUGAGAAUGAGACACACCUUUGAGUCACUAGGCUACCAGUCUGGCUUCUAUCUCUCCCAGCUCUUUUCUUCAACCCGGAACGCCACGCCACACUCUUCAUCAACUCUCAAGCAACCUAACCGCCCCCUGCCUCCACCCUUCAACUGGUCAAUGUCUUCAACACCCUCAGUCUUGUCUUCUCCGAGCUUCCAGAACUCGGUCAAUCUUGGAAUUCCACCAUGCAAAGACGAUUCGUCAUCCUCCCACAUGUUUCUCCUUCCCCAUUCAUCAUCAGAACCUCGAAUGGAAGGCAUGAUAAGAGACCAAGCGAAUGACAUCAAGUGGCCUAAUGGUCUGAGCUUCUUCAGUGCUCUUGCGGGGGGACGAGCAGAUGACGAUUCCCCUGGUAGGCUCCUAUUCAAUCCUGAAAACAGGAUGGACCAGAGCCAUCACAACGAAUUCCUUAGCUUGGACUGCCAUUACAACCCAUCACCACAUCGCGUUCGCCAUCUCGAGAAUAAUAAGUUCAAGAGGAGCUAUACGCUGCCUGCCCGAAUGGUGUCGUCCUCAUCCUCAACUUCACUGGAUUUGCAUCCCAUGGCAGAGUAUAGAGGUGAUGAGGCUGCAGGAAUGUGCUCAGAUGUAAUGGAACAUUUCCUAGACUGAUGUGCUUAAGAGGGAAAACAGGUUAAUUAAAGGAAAAGAAAAUCUCUUAGCUGUAUUUUCCACUUACAGUUUGUGCUUGUUUUAGCCUUUCGCUCAAUGAACAUUUGUGCAAUUUCUUGCACACUUCAUCUGUCCGAGCUAGAGAAAUAUGAUGGAUGUUUAAUUACUUGCAGUUCCUGCUAUUGAUUCUAGUAUGAGAUGUUGUUAAUCAAAGAAUUGCAUUGGCUAU